AUGUUUUGUGAAAGCAGGGAAGAGUCAGAUAAGGUGGAUAUAGGCCAUAUUUUACUCAGCAGCAGCUCACUGUGUGCAUGUGGAGCCACAGAGGAAGCUGACCAUUCAAGUGACGUUUUAGCAAGCAUCCGUAGUAAGAAUGAAUGCAAGUGGUGUCUCUUAUGCGGGAGAGUACAAAAACAAACAAACCCCGCAGCAUUCAGCUUAAACAUGUUGGAAGCUGAUUGUAAGAAUCUGCAAAGGGUGAGAAUCACUUGCCUUCUAAUAGGCAAAAUACGAUGGUACAUCACCAUUUGUUCCGUUCACACCCUGGCUUAA